AUGCGCUUCACUACCAUCAUCUUCGCCUCUAUAUAUAUCUCAGCCGGCGUCGGCAAGGAUGUGGCAAUAGAACCCGACUUCCAAGGGCCUAAGACAGGAGGAGUCUGUUGCGGCGAUAUUGAUCCAGGCCUGACCAACUUUUGCCAACAAAACGGCUUGAGCCCUAGCUGCGACGCAACGUCGUGA